CUUUUUUUUUUAGCUCCUUUCUUUGGAGAGGUUUUUCUUCUUCUUCUUCUCCUUCCUUCCUGUUUCUCUUUAUUUUUCCUCUUUAUUUUAUCAAAGAGCAAAGAAGAGUACGGGGAGACCUAGGAUCACAGGAAAAUAUGGCAAGCAGUUUUGUUGGAGUUUUUGCUUUGAUGGCCGCUGUUGUUCUCCACGGCGCAUCUGCUGCGGUUGUUCACACUUUAGGUGGGAGCACGGGAUGGACAGUUCCACCCAGCAGUUCUUUCUAUACCACUUGGGCCAAUGGCCAGAAGUUUGAGAUGGGCGACAGUCUAUUGUUCAACUUCUCGACUGGAGCUCACAAUGCACUAGAGGUUUCCAAGUCAGAAUAUGAUGCCUGCACCGCCAAUAGUCCCAUCCAGGCCUACUCCACUGGCCCGGCCACUGUUGAGCUGAGCAAGACCGGCACUCACUACUACCUCUGCAGCUUCGGCCAGCACUGCAUUAGUGGACAGAAGGUCGCUGUCAAUGUUGUUUCUGCCACUACUUCUCCAUCGCCCCGAUCAUCCCCUUCCCCAGUUGGUACUCCUUCUUCUUCUCCAAAAGCUUCUCCUUCACCGAAGGCCCCUGCACCUUCUUCAGGGGCCCCUGAAUCCCCUGUGUUGCCAAGGCCCACCCCGUCUGGAGCCCCCACCACCUCUCCCCCCUCUGACGUCACUGCUGGUUCUCCUCAGUCACCUCCCAACUCUGCUGCUUCUUUGAGCAUUGGUGGUGUUACUGCUCUCUUGAGUGGUUUACUUGUCCUCUUCUUCUGAUUUCGCCGUGCUCCAUCGAUACUAGUAUAUGUUAGAUGGUGGUCAGCUGACGAUUUUAAUAUUUUGGAAAUUAUACCCGGAUUUUGAGGGGACCAUUUGAGAUUUAUAUUUUUCCUAUAUAUAAAUUGUUUACUCUUGGGUUUUGGUUUUAGUUUUGGGCGGGCGGCAUGUGAGAUUGGUUUGGAUUUCAUUUUAUGGAAGCAGUGAAUUUUUUUUUGUUUUAAUUUUAUUAGUAGUUGUAUUCCACUGAGUCAUUUGAUUUCUUUAGUAUUGCUUUGG